AUGGCAAAAAUUAAACCAACUGGAGACAUGGUUUUAGUCCAACAUUAUACCACCCAAACUGUCAAUGGAAUUAUUCUAGCUGAACAAAAGAAUGAUAAGUUUCAACAAGGAAUGGUUGUAAGUAUUAAUACAGAUAAUAACCCAAUGAAAUUAAAAAUUGGGAAUCAUGUCAUAUUUGGUGGGUCUCCAGCAGCAACAUUUAUAGCUGAUAAAAAGAGUUACUCUUUAUUAAAACAACAUGACAUUUUUGCAAAAAUCGAAUAA